AUGUCUGCACAAGCAACGUGGAGCUCCAACCCAGCAGCCCUCCUAAAUAGGCCUAGUGACACCACUGUAACAGAGCUAGAGUCAUUUUGGUUCUGGCUUUUUUUCUUUCCUGUUUUUUUUCCCUUUUCAGGUUUCUUGGAUCAAGGGAUCCUGAUAAAGGACCUGACCAGGCUGAGGAAGCACUACCUGCACUCUAAGCACUUUGUAUGGGACCUGGCUUCUUUGUUGCCCACUGACUUCCUGUACUUUGCCUUCGGCGUUGAAACUCCCCUGGUGAGGAUUAACCGCCUCAUGCGUAUCCCACGGCUCAGCGAGGCCUUGGACCGCAUGGAGACGAGAACCUCCUACCCCAAUACUUUCCGCAUCACAAAGCUCAUGAUCUACAUCUUUGUGCUGAUCCAUUGGAAUUCCUGUCUCUACUUUGCAUUGUCCAGCCAUCUUGGCUUUGGAAGUGACCCUUGGGUCUACCCAAACAUCACCGACCCAGAGUUUGCUUCCAUGCGGCGUCAGUACUUUUACUGCUUCUGGUUCUCUGCAGAGAUUUUCACCACGGUGGGAGACACGCCUCUGCCAGAAAGGGAGGAGGAGUACUUAUUUAUGGUUGCAGAUUUGCUCAUUGCCGUGCUGGUGUUUGCAUCAAUUGUUGGUAAUGUUGGAAACAUCAUCACAAGCAUGAGAAACCGGGAUAAUGUCUUCUUUCCUAACCAUGAGUUGGUAAAUCAUGUCCACAAACACACUGAAAAACUGUCCAACUGGGUUGUGGGGCUCUUGAUGAGGGUUUCAGACUCAGGAGGCUUUCAUUUAGAUACAUGCCUGGUUUAA